GGCGCGUGUCCGGUUCUGAGGUGCCGAGGUUCCAGGACUGCGUUUGGUGGCGGGGUCCGUCCGCCUUGGGGGGUCACUCCUCGCCAGCCCUUUAGCUCGGGUCUUAAUGCGCUUCCUCUCGGUGAUUCUAAUCUGAGCCCCAUGCCCCGCGGGUGCCUGCAGGGGCGGGACCAUCUGGUCCAACUUCUGCCUUGGCAACGCCUGCCGGAGGUUUCAGCCCGUUUCACAGACCUGGCGGCGGCGCCCCGGCCUAGACCUAGGGACCUGGGGCCCGGAGAGGCCCCCGUGGGAAGGUGAACGGGGCUGCGGCCGCCGCGCCCCGGACGGCGUCAGUGCCCUUGCCGCGGAUUGGCCGCCUCACCGCGCGCGCUCUUCAAACCUUUUCUCCGCGUGGCUGUCGGCGUUGGCUGGGCGGCCGGCUAUUCCGAGGCGGCCGCUCUGCGCCUCGGCGUUUCCUCCAAGGCUGCCCACCGAAGGACCUGCCGGAGAGGGUAGAGGGCAUAGGGUCAAGAUCAAGGAGAACGUCUGCGCCAGCCGAACCUGCUUGAAGUGGCGUCGCUAUUGGAACCACCAGAUUGCGUUUCUCUCCCCAUUUAAGGGUUAGCUCCUUGGGAGCAGACAGCUGUCCUCACUGACCCAGAGGAGGAUGGCUCAGUAAAUGCUUGCUGGACGAAUAAGUGACUAGAUAAGAUAAGGCAGCUCCAGCCCCUGGAAGGCCAGAGACUAGCCAGCGUGCCACUAGGGGGCCCGCCGCAACCAGGUGGCGGCCGGCGGAAGGCGCUGCCGGGACAUGGCGGAGGAGCCGGGGGGGGCCUGGUUCGGCUUCGGUUUCUGCGGCUUCGGGCAGGCGCCGGGCUCCGGACGCGGGCGCCAGGUGCACAGCCCCGAGCCGCUGCAGGCGGGCGUCGACAUCCGCCGCGUGAGCGCCAGCUGGAGCUACUCCGCCUUCGUGACCCGUGGAGGCCGCCUCGAGCUAUCGGGCUCAGCCAGCGGCGCAGCGGGAGGCUGCAGGGACGCGUGGGCCUCAGAGGGGAUCCUCGUGGUGCUGCGCGCCCGGCCCGGGUCGGGGGCGUUACUGCAGGCCUGGGCGCCCGGCUCGGCCCUGAGGGGGGAUCCCUUGUGGGCCCAGAAUGUGGUGCUGGAGGCCGAAGGGGAAGACGAUCCCGGCGGUGAGGCCCAGGCUGGGAGGCUGCCCCUGCUGCCCUGCGCCCGUGCCUAUCUGAGCCCCCGGCCGCCCUUCUACCGGCCUCUGGCUCCGGAGCUGCGGGUGCGCCGGCUGGAGCUGGGCGCGGAGCACGCAUUGCUGCUGGACAUGGCGGGCCAGGUGUUCUCCUGGGGCGGGGGCAGGCAUGGACAGCUGGGCCAUGGGACCCUGGAGGCAGAGCUGGAGCCAAGGCCCUUGGAGGCGUUGCAGGGCCUAGCCAUGGCUGAGGUGGCCGCGGGGGGCUGGCAUUCUGUGUGUGUGAGUGAGUCUGGGGAUAUCUAUAUCUGGGGCUGGAAUGAAUCAGGGCAGCUGGCCCUGCCCACCAGGAGCCUGGCAGAGGAUGAGGAGACCAUUGCAAGGGAAGCCGCAGGACUGAAUGCAGAUGGCUCCCAGGUGAAGAGAAUGGCGGGGGCUGAGGAUGGAGCCCCUGCCCCGUUCAUAGCUGUCCAGCCCUUCCCAGCUCUACUGGAUCUCCCCCUGGGCUCAGAUGCAAUCAAGGCCAGCUGUGGAUCCAGGCACACGGCUGUGGUGACACGAACAGGGGACCUGUACACCUGGGGCUGGGGUAAAUAUGGACAGCUGGGCCACGAGGACACCAGCAGCUGGGAUCGGCCCCGCCGAGUGGAGUACUUCGUAGAUAAGCAACUCCAAGUAAAGGCCAUCACCUGUGGGCCCUGGAACACCUACGUGUAUGCUGCGGAGAAAGGGAAGAGCUGACCUGCGUAUGUGUAUGUAAAACACCUGUGAAACGCCUAUCUUUGUCAAGGAAAGCUAUUGUCUGCACCCCAAGGGCCCUGUGUUUGCCUCUCUCCAUCACAGUCUUCCCUUUCACCUUCAAGCAGGGUCCUAAACUUGUCUGCUUUAGAAACAGCUGGAGAGCAUUGAAAACUCUGCUGCCCAAGUCAGCAUUGGGACAGUGAAAGCAGAGCCUCUGGGGUGUGGCCUAGAUAGUGAUAGAAUCCAAGCUCCGCCCACCUCACCCAGGGAAAUUUGAUGUGUAGCUGAGAUCGGAGCACGUUCCAGGUCAUCUUCCUUUUCAGUCCCUUCCCGGUUUUCGUUUGAAUUUUGCCAUCCUUGUAUGCACGUUCCAGGUCAUCUUCCUUUUCAGUCCCUUCCCGGUUUUCGUUUGAAUUUUGCCAUCCUUGUAUGCAUUUUUAUUCAACAUAGGUGUUUGCCUUUGAGUGUUAGGUAAAUGGAAUCGUCCUGUAUAUGUGCUUUUGUGUCAUUUUUGUCACUCAGCAUUGCGUGACCGAUCCUUGUUGGGUCCUGGAGUUCAUUCAUUUUUAAUGCUGUAUGGUGUUCCGUUGUAUCAAUAUACCUGAAGUGAUACAGUCUUGCCGAUGUCAUCUUUAUCGUUUCUGAUUUUGGUCAUUCCACGUGAUACUUGGAGCAGUGUUGCACACAUGUGCGCACGUUCCUCUGCAGAACAUUGAGUUAAAUUGCUAAGCCAAGAGAUGCCUUUAAUUUCACUAGGUAACUGUUUCCCACCAGCAGUGUGGGGUUGACUGUGUCAGGUAGAUGCGCGUUGAUUUUAAUUUGCAUUUCCCUGAAUACUGAUGAGGUUGAGUAGCUUUUCAUUUGUGUAUUGGGUGGCGGGUCCUGGUGGUUGACACCUGUAGUCCCAGCAGUUUGGGAGGCUAGCGUGGAUUGCUUGAGGCUGAGGUCAUCUGUUGGUCGGCCACUGGAGUUUUCCGUUAUGAAGCGCCUGUUCAGGUUUGCUGGCCUUUUCUUGGUGACUUUUCUUUUGUACAUUUCAGAUACAGUCUUUUGAUGGUUAGUAUUCAGAAUAUCUUCUGCUACCAUGUAGUUUGUUGUUUCGGUCUCUCUGGGUAUUACCAAUUUUGAUUUAAUACUUAGAUGGUUUUUGCUCCAUGCCAGGUAAGGCUCAAAGUGCUUUACAAAUGUCAGCUUAUUUUGAUAAAAUGUUAA